AUGGCAAGACAUAGCUUGAUUUGCCACAUGCUAACUUGCGCGUUGGCAGCACUACUAGUUUGUGGCGCACCUGCCAAGGCAGCGCCAAUGAGUGAAGCAGCAAUAACUACGGAAGGAACCAGCAACAAGAGUGGCACUUUAGAAAUUGGCAAAAUCGAAUAUGAUCUUGUCAACACAAUACACACUGAAUUUCCUACCACAGACACUCAGCCGUAUACUAGCACCGAAGUCGAAACAGAAGCCGAAAUGACUACCACUUUGUUGCCCAUGACUAUCGAGGAAAUGGCUUUAGCUGAAGUAGCAGUGGUUGUAGCAAAGUUGGCAACAACAGCUGCGGCUGAGUUGGAGAGCCGUGAUCAAGCUGAAGAAGGGUACAGGGAGCAGAUAAGUAGGAGAGCUAAAAAAGAUAGACAACAAGUAUUCGCGCAUGAACUUGCUAACGGGGGUGCGUCAGUGGAAGACGUGACAGUUGACGAUAGAGGUUUUGUUGCUGCAACAACAUUUAGGACAAGUUUGUCCCAUCAAAUUGAUACUACUACAGCAAUGUCACCUACAACAUCGACAGCCUCUUCGAUAACAACUGAAAGUCCGGCAAUUUUAGGUGAAUUGGUGAGAGCAGCCGUAGCGGCAAAUGAGAUUUUAGCAGCUGCUUUAAACGUCGCAACAAUGGCAGUCCCAAAUCUUAACAUCACAACACCAACAACUAAGGUUGAUGUAGCUAACUUAGCUACCAUCACAGCUGUUGCUAAUCAUGCGCAAGUAAAUGACAGUGAGGUGUUGUUGGAAACUACUGAAAUGAAUGCAUGGCAACAUAACAAUGUUGAGAACAUUGAAGUAACCAGUACUAUACCGCAUUAUACAAUUUUACCACAGGGGAAGGAAAAUGAAGCAUUGAAGAAUAAUCCAGAAGAUGAAGCUGAGACCAACGAGGAAAAUUUGCCUGCUAAAGAAUUAGAGAGAAUACGGCAGCACCAGACAACAACACCGGUUGACAUCCAGGAAACAACAACCGAAUCCAUAACAAUAUCACCAGACGAAGAAACUACAAAUUCGGCCAAUAUGGAUAGUGUGCUAUCACCAAGCCGUAAUUUAACCCAUAUGGACCAUGAAGUUUCCGAAUCAAUGAUUAUUGAAAAAAGAAAGGAGUCUCAACAAACUUUGGCCCCACCUCCACCAAGCAGUGAUAAAGAUUUUGAAAAUGCAACUCCAGACGGCAAAAAUUUAGUAAUAAACACCACCGACAAUAUAGGGACACAAACAGAACCUGUCACAGAGUCAACAACUUUUGUAGCAUCAUUUACCAAAGAAAAGGUUAAUGAAACUACAGAAACCGAAGACCUGAAGCAAAUGCAAAAAGACGAAUUUUUGCGCGAAAGUGGAGAGAAUGCGUCGGAGCUUGCAGUUAGGACGACGACUACUGAAUCGUUGGAAACUCUUAUUGCCGUAGAAAGCGAAGCGAGGGUACCAAACAAAGUUGAUUUCCCAUCUGAUAAAGAGUCGUUAGAAACUAUAACUACAACAUCCGAACUCACAACAAUUGAGGAUAGCAGUUCUAAUAAAUUAUCAAUUGUUUCCGAAUCUAUUUGGCCAACAAACGAAACUACAACAAUAUCAACUGAUGAAAAUCUAACAACUGAGACAGCAACAAAUCAAAAAAUUACUUAUACAACAAUAGCACCAAAACUAGUAAUUACAACAACAGGAGCACUGGAGGAAGAUAUGAUAACUACAGAGUCGUCAGACGUCAAAACAAAUAUGUUAAAAAUGUAUAACAUUGCAGUUACUGAAGGAGGUAAAAUGUUAAUGGAUGAUAUUCAACAAACGACAAUAUCAUCUAGUCCAACAUACACUUCAAACAGCAUAACAGAGACACCUCAGACAGAGCAUCCAGCAUUAGAAACAACAACAGUCUCUGCGGAAGAGUUGUUUACAUCAUUUGAGAAAGAGGAGAAAACUACGCAAAACUCACUAGAGACUAUAGAGAGCACUACAAAAUUCAUUGAAGAUGAAAUUACUAGAACAGGAAUCCCGUUGGAAGAAAACAUCUCCACACAAAGCGAAAUAUCUCCUACAGAUGCAAGUACAAUUCAAGCUAAUUUUGAAGUAUUCCCCAAUGUUCAACCCACGGAAAUGUCACAACAAACAUCAACAGUAGACAUAACGAUUUUAAACAAUAAUCCGGAAACCACAACUUCUACCAACAAGGUGUCAGCAAAACAACCGUCAGAAUUGGAUGACCCAAAAAGAUUUACGUCCGCUGAGCUGCGGAAAACACUUUUAGCUACUACUGAAGAAGAGCUAAGCACUAACACCACCGAAAAUAAGCUGGAUUCGGAGGAUAUAGCUGAAUCAAAAGCGAGCACAGCCACAACGACAAUGGCUGCAAUUGAAGAGCAGCCGCACCAUACGAGCACAGUAAAAGAGCGGUUGCAGCAGCAAAGAGUGAUAAAUAAGAGUGACAGCGCAACAAUCACCACGAACAUUGCCGGAACAACUGAAGAAAGUACAGAAGAAAACGUGGAUGUUGCAACCACUACAACUACAGCAGAUAUAAUAUCAACAACAACAAGUAUAAUGCCUAAGCUAGAUGUAACAACAAUAAUUUUAAGUACUACUCCCGAAACAGAUGUAACCACCACCACCACCACCACCACAACAACAACAACUACCUUGUCGCCUAUGAGUCUAAUUGUAGCCGAGCAUGAAGCGCGUUCCCUCGACAAGACGCCACCGCGGGUUAGUCGGAUUGUCAAUGAAGAUGGUGUCGAGUUGUUGACUGGCUAUUCCAUAGUACAUCAGAUGCACGCAGGGGCCUUGGCGGCAUUGGUCGCGGCCGGUGCGUAAUCAAAUAAUAAGAAAAAGCUAGCACCUGAUCACGUGAGAGUCUAGAACUGAACUUUUUUUUACCUGCUCAGCAAGCAAAUUUCGAAAAGUCUCACUCAAACUUAUAAAUAUAGAAGCAUGUAUCAUUAACACAAAACAAUAACAACAAUUAAAUUACAUACAUAUAUCCGGUUGUGGUGGAAUCUCUGGUAUGCCAUAACAGAGUUAUUUUGCUUUCAUGAGCUAUACAGAUGUAUAUAUGUAAAUGUAUGAAGCAAA